GACGUUACCACUUUUCGUCGUCCGGGCUAUCUUUCCCUCGCUACAUCAGAACGUCCAGUUAGAUAUUUCUUAGUAGCAGUGUUUUCAAGAGAUUUCGAAGAAAAGGAAAAUGGAUUGUGUUUAUUUUCCAGAUAUUUUCAACAUUACUUCAGUUUCACACAGAACAAUCGAUGUAUUCGCUACCAUGAACGAGUCCCUUGAGGUGAACUUCAAUUCGGGAACUUCAGAUUUCCCAAGACAACAGAUACAUGACAUCAUGCAUGCAAUGGUGAAUUACAGACAGAAUACGGAUUUCCCGGAAAUAAACAAAUUGCUUUAUCUCCUAACUGAGAUGGUGUUGGGUGUGGUUGAAUCUCACCAAUCAGCAAGCUUUAACAGUAAGAAGUCCGUUGCUAGAAGAAUCCAGAACAAACUCCUUAAACUGGUUCCAUCAUCUCACAGCAUGCACACAAUCCCAACGUUUGAUCAUGUUAAAACUGAGGAAUAUUAUACAGAUGUCGAUGAAAUGUAUAAACUGAUGAGAACACACAAACAUAUAUACAAAGAAAUGCAAAGACAACAAGAGAUAUGUUGGAGUGCUAACAGCAAGGUGCAGACAUACGAAUUAUGCUUAAAGACGGCCGAGAUGUCACGAAAGUACAUGGCAGAUAAAAUAUCUAGUGCAAAAUUGAAAGAACGAGAUGACAGCAUCAAUUUUUUGCAGAAAACACUUAGCGAUAAAAAGGAGAGAGCAGCGGAAGCAGCCAACACAUACCAAACCUUAAUAACAAAGGAGAAAGCAACAAGAAAUGCCUUGAGAUUGAUUGAAAGGAACCUUUUGGACGAUAUCAAAUUCAACUUGAUAGAUCGUAUUCAGAGCGGACUAGUAUCUAUGAAGUACAUCUUAGCCUCACAGACUAAUAAACUCUAUGAGUUACUUCCAAUCAUUGACGAUUUUGACUGCCGACUAGCUGUAGAAUCAAUUAUAGAGAAGUUUAGUUCCAAAUACCAAUAUAAUUCGCCACAGGAAUUUCACAUUGCAAACGGCUUUAAUGCCAAGUUACCAGAUAUACGAUUUGUAAGUUGCAAAUCAGCUACACAGAUAUCGAAGGAACAACCAUCUGAGCCUCUUUCUGAACAGACAGAAGAACAACGUAAUAAUAAUAACAUCAGUUACCAAGACAACCAGUUCAAGUUUUUAAGCAACACUUACGUGAAAACAAAAGAUUUAUCAGAGAACCCCAACGAGUGCUUCGUCAAUAUAACAAAAGGGAUGAUCGUCAAAUUGAAGAUUGCCACAGACGAAUCACAAGUUGCCUUUGGGUGGUAUAAGACAAAUCCAUGGAAUCAGAAGAGAUGGGGAUUCUUUUGCAAAUCUGAUGACAACAUAAGGAUAUAAACAUUGAUCAGAUUUUAAAUUUUCCAAUUCUUUUAUGGAUGGAUCAUAACUACGUGUGCUUUGAUUAUGGUUCAUUGUGAUUAUUUGUAUAUGUUAUCAAAUAUAUACUUGUGUAUGUCUGUAUACUUGAGAAGAUGAGAGGCUUUAUAUUUCUGUCUGAAACUGUGAAGUUUUUUAGUGUCCGUGUGUGUGAAAAUGGGCCUAGUUAGGACGGAUUUAUAGAGGGUGAGAGAAGUUUGU